AUGUCUAACUCUGAAUUCAAAGAAAUUCCUAUUUCAAAGAAUGAAGAUUUCAGUUGGGUCUUUUUAGUUGACUGGAUUCUUCUGGUAAUUCUGGCACUGGCUGUGGUGUUUUACUUUGGAAGGGCUUUAGCACAUCUCGUUACUAUGGCUCUUGAAUGGCUUCUUUGGAAGCGGUUCAAUAUCAAGAUCAACAUACAGUCACUAAAGAUUUCAUUCUUAGGUGGGAGAGUAUUUUUCAAGAACCUGACGAUUAUCAGUGAGAACCAGACCAUCUCUUUCCUUCACGGUAGCUUUACCUGGAGAUAUUGGUUAAUGAAGUCAAGGAAGACACAAUUAGAAAUUCACGAAAGCGGAAUAGAUGCCUUGAAAGAGAGUCAAGUACCAUGUAGAUUCAAGCUACAAUGCCAAGGUUUCGAGCAUUUUUUAUACAAUCGAACAGCAGCAUACGAUAAUAUCCUUUCUUCAUUAUCGAAAGAUGAUCGAGAAAAAUUCAGAGAAUACUUUCAGGAACCUGGCGGAACCUCAUCCGAUGAAGAAUCGACAACGAAAAGCUCAUAUGUACCGAAGGCCGGAUCAGAGAGCUCGUCUUCCGGAACCUCCCUGAAUGAUAGAAAUUUCCAAGAACCCGAUACGAGAUCAUCACUACUGCGAUUUCUUCCCGUGCAAUUUGAAAUUAGCCGAGGAGCAUUUGUACUUGGAAAUCAAAGUACUGCAUCUAUAUUGGUUGCAAGUUAUGACAGGAUGGAGGGGACCUUAGAUGUUUGUCCUCCUAAUGAAAAGCUAGACAUGCACAAAGUCAAGAUGCAAGCCGAAUUUGAAAAGCUUAGAGUAACCUUGAAACCAAAUAUCACAUUCGAAAAUAAUACUGUUACAAAACUACGGGUAAGACCUGCUAAAGUUUCCAGACUGUGGUUAAAGUUCAAGGAUGAAGUACUAAAAUUGCGGGAUAAAUAUAAAACGUUGAGCAAAGAAAAUGAUGUAUCCACGGGAAAUAGGCUAUUUGUUGAGAAGUGGCGAGGGUUGAAACUUUAUUCUAAGGAAAGUGAUGUACUCUGGAAUGAUGAACUUCAAUUUGACGUUUCAAAACAUGAAUACGCAAAAUAUUCAAAAGUGCUCAAAUGUGACAAGCUAAAUAUAGCAUAUUCAUAUGAUGUCCCAGGCGUUGUACCACACGGGGCACUGCCGACUUUAAAACAUCUUGACGGUCCUGAUGUUGGAAAUAAUGGUGCACCCCCGGAUUUCUCAAUAGAUUUUCAAAUACAUGCUGCAACGAUGUAUUACGGACCUUGGUCACAUCAUGAGAUCCUUCCAUUACAAAGAAUGCUUUCCCCAAUACUCUCUAGAAAUAGUGUUCCAACGAAGAAAUUAUGUCCUGGCUCCAGAAGAAUCUAUACCAGGCUUAAACUGUCCAUACUGAUUAUUGAAGACUCAGUUUGGCGUAUUCCUACUAGAGAAUCUAGCAAGGAUUUUGAGUUUUUGAAGAGGUAUAAAGAAACAGAAGAUGAAACUCGGCCUUUUGGAUGGCUGGAUAUCAACCUAGCCCAGGAUACUGAACUCUCCUUGAACAUUGCAAUGUGUCCUACGAAGGAAGGCUAUGACAACAAUCUCCAUCUGUACCUCGAAAAACCAGAAAUAAGGACAAGUGUAAAUCAUGACAUAAUGUUCAGUGCUAAAACGCAAGAAAUAUACGCACAAGUUGGCUAUCCUCUAGGUUGGAACGACAAAGCAGAGUGGAAUUUUGAUUUGAAAUCAACCCAAGCACAGACCUUUUUUUUGAAGGACCAUAUUAUACUUAUAAGCGACAUGAUCACCGACUUUGGAUCUGGUGAUCCAAUUCCAUAUGAAUUGUUUCGGCCUUUCGUAUACAACUUCAAAUGGCAAAUUGAAGGGUACUCAAUUUAUCUCAAUGUCAAUGACGCAAAUAUUGUUAACAAUCCUUUGGACUUUAGUGAAAACUGUUAUUUAUCUCUUCAUGGGGAUGAACUGAAUAUUGGAUUCACUGUUCCUUUAACCGACUUGGCAAGAAACUCAACAACGAUAAACUACACUUUUUUCACGCCAGUGUUUAGAUUGCACCUGAAUACGCCUUCUUGGAAUACCUUACAUGAAUUUAUGAAGAAUAAAGAGGUAGGAAGAUCUUACGAUUUCAAAAUGCAUGGAUCUUAUCUAUUUCAUUCUAAACUUGAUGUGGAUAACAUCGAUACAAUUACGGUAGAAUGUGAAAGUAAGCAUACAACACUUGAAUGUUAUGGGUUUGUCAUCAGAUAUUUGAUGAGUGUUAAGAUGAAUUAUUUUGGUGAUUUCGUUCAUUUCAAAACAGCAGAAGAGUAUAUGGAAGAACUAAGAACUAGCAGUCCGGACAAUAACUUUGAAAUCGAUAAGGAAGAGCUGCAGAACUCUUCAGUGGAUUCGUCGUGGACCAAAUCAAGCAUGGAUGAGCAGUCAAAUGAGCAUAACGCAAGUAUCACUAAGGCUUCUCUUAGAAGGUUAGUCAACGAAAAAGACGUUUGGUUUACAUUUUGUGUCGAAGACGGAUCUCUGAUAUUCCCGGAAAACCUAUAUGAUUGCGAUUCAUGCUUUGGCAUGCAUUUUGAUCUUCUUGAAAUUGAUGUGAGAUACUUAAACUACUAUAUGGACCUUGCAGCCGCCCUUUCACCUAUGAAGCUAAAAAGAUACACCAAUUUUGAUUCUAGAACAAUUUUUGAAAUAGCAAAGGAUAACCACAGCAAGGAUCAAGAUGUCGGGGGGACUCUGUCGGAGUUGCACAUUCAUGCUCAUAGAAUGUUUGGCUUGCCUCCUGAGGAGGAAACAUAUUUUUGUAAAUGGGAUUUUCAAAUGGGUGUCUUGGAUAUCACCUCAAACCUCGAUUUUGCUAAAGGCUUUGUUGGUGUGUGGGGAAAACUACUUUUUGGGUUCAAGGACUUCGAAAAUAUCCUGGUUUAUGAGUUUGCUAAAGUUUUCGAUAUGACAUCGGUCACUUUUCUAGCUCAGCAAGUGCGGUUUCUGAUUGAUGUACCAAAUCAAGAUGAGAAGAUUCUUUUCAACAUAGCAGAUUUGAAGUUAACCUUUGUGGAUUUCGAGAAUGCACUCUAUUCUAAAAAGAUAGAUCUGAGAAUUCCUGAAAUAUUGAUUUCAAUAUUGAGGAGUUCGAAGCAGGAUAGUAUUUUGGGUCAUUUUAAAACCUCAGUCGAGUUGACAAAUUUUAUACAACUUAAGGAUUUCCAUAAACACAGUCUAUUACAGCGAGCACACAUUACAAAAAAUGAUGCACCCUUUCAUCGUUGUCCUUUCCUAUUACCCGUUACAACGCAGAACACAAACACUUACCAAGACUUAUUCGGGGCGAUCCCACCUGGUGUAUCAAUACCUCCCUUAGCAAAACCUUUAAGGGACGAAACAGUUGAUGAGAUAUUUGAGAGCCUUUUAAAUUCCGAUAAUUCUUCAUACGAUUGGAACUAUUAUGAAAAUGAUGGCACUGAUGACACAAAUUCAAGGAAGGUUGAAGGUGAAAGUAAUCAGUAUAACCAAACUAUCGACCAAAUUGGGCGAGAGCUGCCCAGCGAUAAAUUGUUUUGUCCUGACCCUACUAAAGAGCAUGAAAAUUUUGUCCUCAACUUUGGCAAAGCUGAAUUGGCAUUGAGUCCUGGAUGUUUGACAACAUUUGAAAAUAUAAGUCAGCAAAUAUACUCUAAAACAGUAGAAGAAUUGAUUGAUUCGAACGAAAUUGAUAUUGUUAGCCAGUUCAUGAUGAAUUUGGUGGGUGAAAGUAGCAUUAAAAAUGCAAAAGUCGUGCUUCCGCAUGUUGAACUUGUAUUUGGCGAACUUACAGCCCUAGAUCAACUCGAAAACUGUGAUCACAUUCAUAUUGACAUGUUCUCUACUAACCUAGAUUGCUCUUUUGAAAACCAUGGAACAUCUCAAGCCGUGGAAAUGUCCGACAAAGAAACAGUAGUUUUUUGCAAAAUUGGUGCAAUAAGAGCCUCGGUUAAUGAAAGGCAGUCCCGUUCGCAUACACUUUUCAAGCAGGAUUUUGUGUUACACUUCACUAGUGAAGAUAUUGAAUUCUGGGGAAUAAGUUCCAGUGAAAUGAAGAGGACAAUUAACGCUCGUUCAGUUGACAUGUCUAUAAACAGUCAACGAAUAGAGUGGCUAUCAAAAUAUUUGACUUCAACAAUUGAAAGUAUUUUGAAGAUUACCGAAACCAUAUCAAGAUACCAAGAACAAAUAAGACAAACACAAAAAGAACUAUUUUAUAGGAUUGCAAUUGCGAGUGAAGAAUAUAAAAUUGUCCACGAUCCCCCCGUGAUCACUAAACCUGCCUAUAUAUCGAGGUUGUCAAAACAGCAUGUGAGAGAAAAUCGAAGCUGGAGAAUAAUAACGCGGUUACGCCAUAUUUUGAAUUAUUUACCUAGAUCUUGGUCAUUAGACACUUAUGAAGCGCUGAAAAAUAAGAACUUUAGCACCCCAUCUGAUGCUAGUGAGAUAUUCCUAAAAGUGUUUUCGAAUUGGAGAAGUUGGGAAUUCUCAGAUGUGGAAAAAUGUUACAUCUACAAGCAUACAUUUCAGCCUGAACUACUGAAGAAGAACGAUAAUAGUGAUAUCGAUGAAAAGGUUAAAGCUCAUGUUGCAACUGUAUCGCUUAAUCUAUCUCCGUACGCACAUGAAGAAGGCGACUCAGUGGUUAUAAAGAGUUUGACACUAGUACACACCUGCCAAGCUGUUUUAGAUCUUCUAUCAUCCGGGGAAGUAAAGCAUCAAACUUACAAACAUAUCCUGGAGAAUAGUAUAGCAUGCAACAUUAAAUCCAUAAAAGCCAGUCUGGGAGACCAUUGCCUAGAUUUGCACUAUUUGAAAGGAAUUCUCCCCCCGCCAAAAGAAGAUACUUUGGUAGAAACUUCAUUAAACGUAAAUUUGACACAUUUUACGUGUUUAGUUGACAGAUGCGAUAUUCACUUUUACUUGAAUAGAUCCCGCUUCAUCAUAAGAUCUUUUGGCAACAACGUAACGGGCUUGAUUGUUCGUUCAAAAAACUCCGGGACCCCGGUAUACUCAUUUGCAUUGGGAGGCUCACGCUCCGAAGUUGCUGUCAGAUUUGGCAACAAUGUUCUGUUUGAACUUUAUGUUCGAAAUGGAGCUGUUGGAAUUUCUAGUAUACACAAAGAUGACAAUACAUUAGCCAGGUUUGAUAUAUCAUCUCAAAAGUCAAGAAUCAAAGCAGCGUCGACUACUGCUCAAUAUUUAUCAUUCUUAGAAGCGCUUCGACAUUCAUUAGAUGAUCUGAUAACAAGAUUCCAAUGCCAACUGAAAGAAAAAUCCGAACUACCUGGAGAAGUUGAGAGAAACUCCAUGCUAUCGAAUAUCGCUCUUCGCUUGAGUUUUUUUGACGUUUCAUCCGAUAUUCAUGUCGUCUCCCCUUUUAUUGUAACACAGCAUUACAAAGAAAUUGAUAUUUCUCUUGAGCAAGCUGAAGACUUGAUUUUCACUUCGUACUUAAGGGGAGUGGAUAUAGAGAUCAAGUCAGUCAAGCUCGAACAGUAUUAUGCAAAAUUAUCUCAGUCUGAAAUCAAUGUCACAGUUGAAUUGCCGAUCGAUGAGACGAAUACGGUGACAAGCAUCCGAGUAAAUUCUGAGAUAACCAAAUUGAAGUGUAAUGAUCCUAGGGAUACUCUAAGCUCUUUAAGUGAAGAUUUCAUGGUUGCAAGGGAAAACAUUGAUAAAAUAAAGUCACUAUUUAGCGAGCCAAGAAGUCAGGACGAGUCAUUAUCCAAUUCAAAAUUUGGUGCCUUUUUUUCCGAAAGCACAUGGAUAUUAGAGUUAGAUUUGGCUUAUUUGGGCUUGCUGGUUCCCCUUGGUGCUGUGAGUUACGUGCUGGAGUUUAAUGAUUUAUCCUUGUCCAUUCCAGAGAAUUCUCAACCUACAGAACUAGGUAAACGCUUGAAGGGUCCUGCUGUUGGUGAGUUUGAAAUUGGUAGUGUGGCAUUCUUAAUUCAUGACAAAUUAAUCAGGAACAAUCUCUCGAAGCUUGUUGACUUUGCUAUAAAACUUUCUGUCUCAUUAGAAGGGGAAAAAAAUCUUAGCGCAAUUCAAAUAGAAAGCAGUUUCUUUAGAGUUGUCCUUUGUCCAGCUUCCUUAAUUAGAAUUUUAUGGCUAAUUAACGAGGCGGCUCGAAUGACUGAUAAAUUUUGCCCUGUUUCUGUCAGUGAUUCCUCAAUCCCAUUGAAGGCAAGGGGAAUUCCAGGUUUGGCGUCCGAAUUUCACUUCAUCCACAUCUUGUCUUACAAUUUCUGCUUCGGUUGGAUGUUUGAUAUCGAAACCGAAAAUGAUCCUGGUCUAAUAUGGGGUUAUCAGCGCUUGUUUGCGGCCUACGAAAAGCCUUUCGGAAAGCUAACUUUGCUUGAUGCCUAUUUCUCUAUUGCCAGAGGUGACAACUCGGACACUUUCUAUGGUGCAGCUACAGAAAAGGAGCAAUUUAAUAGAAGUUACUUACCUAGCAUGCAAAUUGGUUACUGGUUUGUCAAAGAAGAUGAUGAUAUGCAGGAUUUAUUCAUCAGAAUCAAUGGUGGUAGGCUUGACGUUAAUUUCUUAUCAAAAUCUAUCGGAGUCGCAAAUGGCAUCAUCAAAUCGAUGCAUUCUUUCCAAGAAAUGAAAAAGAAGUAUGUUGAUCCCUUCCGUAAUUCAGAAAAUGUGAAAAAACGAACUAAUGAUCCUUCAAUCAACCGCGUGCCAUUCUUUUCCAAACUUCGGAAAGUAAAUUGUAAGGCGAGAUACGCUGAUGGGGUUUUUAAGCUUUACUCCGGAGACGAAAUCGAAAACGGACUCAAGCCCUCCUUUGAGCUAGAAAGCCCUUCAGUCAACGUUGUUUUAGAAUACAGAAAUAAAGAAGUGGGCGUUGAGACGCAUUGGAUAAGAGCCGUAGUAAAUGUGGAUCCUUCGCAUAAUACAUUAUUUCCAACUUGCGUACCAAUUAUUAGUGAUAUGAUAAAAGAUUUACGUCAAAUGCUGAAGAGUCUCAAUUCCCGCUCUCCAAGUGACUCUCCCGUGGUUGUCUAUGGCGAGGAUAUUAAUUACAAAACGAUGCUGAAAGCUUUCAAUAUUGCAUUUAUGAUCAAUAUUGAAAAACAGGAGAUAAGCUUAAGCUGUGAGCCGAAAGCGAAAGUUCAAGCUGAUGUUGGCUUUGAGAGAUUGAACAUCAAGAUGUUUACCAAUAAGAUGGACCCAUCCGAGCCAUUGAGUUUGUCGCUUGAUGUUGAAGAGUUGAAGGCAACAUCAAGACAUAUUUUCUCCAGAGAAGUCAGUACAUCAUUUGCGCUCGAUUACAUUAACGCAGUUUUCGUCCUUACUCACCCUGAUACAAUUCACACGUAUGGAAUCACACAUGUGCCUAAUAUUGAUGUUUACUUCAACAUGAAGCAGUUGCAAGACUUGAAUGUUUUUCUCAACAUUUGGAAGGUUGAUAGUAACAUUUAUUCGGAACCGGAGCUAAAUAACGAGGGCGUAAUUACGGAUAUCCCGGCAACAGAAAAGCCGCUGGCGGCUAAGUUCAAAAAAGUUUCUGCUAAUAACGCUUUCCCGUGGAAUUAUGUUCUUAUAUUUUCCAAAAUCAAUGGUGACAUUAAUUUAGGCCCGUCUUUGGGUACAUUAUGUCUCAGAAGUGGAAGAAUUUGGGCAGUCACAGAUCACUAUAUCGAUUGGACUCAAAAGCUCUCUUUAUUAUUUGAACGCAUAGCCGUGUCUUCGGAGGGACGUCUAGGAGGCAAUCUGCUUCUCGAAGAUCUUUCUUGGACAUCGCUGAUCAAUUGGCCACUAAAGGAUGGCCGCUUCCAAAAUCCUUUAAUUGCCCUUUCUUUGAUUUUAUCCAGCUUCAGCUUCAAAGCCUCUUUUGACUACCAUCUUAUUCUGAUAUCAAGAGUGAAAAGUCUCAGGAUAAAGCUUUUCAAUGAAAGAGAUGCGUCUGGAAUGCUAAAAGACCUAUUAUCAGUAGUUAUCCACUGUGACAGUACUGAAAUUUUCCUCACUGCACUUGCUCCAGCUAAUAUUUUGGAUAUUUACAACACUAUCAUGAGAAUGAGACAAGAUAAUCGCAAGUCAUAUUUUGAGACGCUUAAGGAUUCUAAUACCAAAGACACCAAAAACCUUAACGACAAAAGCAUAAUCGAUUCCUUAGCAUUCUUGCGCACAGAUAUGACAGUGAAUUUUGGCUUUAUCUAUGUUCAAGUAUUCCCCAGCACGCUCUUUGACCUAGAAGUACUUAUUUUCAAAGCUCGUGAUAUCUCCACUCAUACCCAAAUCGAGGCAGAUGCAAAGGUCAAAACGCAAUUGAAUUGGCAAGUUCAUGAUGCGAAAGUGGCCCUGUCGACCUAUAAAUCACAACUUAAUGAAAAAUAUGCAUCCAAAAUUGAAGUGGAUAAGUAUAUCGAGCAUGCUAUGAGUGCCCAUGGUGGAACUAUUCUUGCAACUCCAGCUAUUUUGGUUGCCAUGACCACUUGGCAAGACAUGAAAACAAAUGUUGUUGAGUUGCUUUAUUCAAACAGCUUUGGGGGCAAAAUAAGCAUUCGCUGGAAUUUGGGCUCGAUAAAUUUUAUCAGAGAAAUGUGGGCAACACAUGUUAGAGCCUUGUCACUUCGUCGUGCUCAUAUUGGGCACCCGAAGAGUUUAUUCGAAGAUGAGAAUUUAGAGGAAAAAAUCAAGGAUAUGGACUUGGGCAACAAGUAUGUCUACAUACCUUUGGAAGAACCUCACAUAGAAAUUCCGCAAAUCAAAGAUUUGGGCGAUGCUACACCACCUGUGGAAUGGUUUGGUGUGAAUAGAAAAAGAUUUCCGGGGAUUACCCACCAGGCUGUCGUGGUCCCUCUUCAAAAAUUAGCACAUUUGGCAGAAAAAGAGUGGUCCAGAAUUUUGGGAAAUGCAUAA